AUGCUUGACGGACACAUUCACAUGAAGACGAAGAAGCUUGGGCUCACCGCGUUGGGGAUCACCGUGGCGCUCAUUAAGAUGCGAAAGGCCCCUCACCUGGGGAUCGACGUGUCGCAGUUCGGUGACGACGAGAGCGCAGCGACACAGAGGAUGGACCUGACGUCAACCCGAGGAGAUGCACUAGUCCACUACGCGAACGACCUUGAGAUCGCGAAGCAGGGCUAUGCAUUCUUAGAGAAAGAUUGCCACGACGACGUCUUCGACGUCUCGUUGAACUCCGAUGGUGGGACCAUGGAUCUGAAUGACCCUCGUCGCCAUAGCUCGGAUAUCUCACUGGCAUCGAGAGGCGUCAGAGCUGGAGAUCUACGCGGAGAGCUCACUAAGAGGCGGACGGGGGAGCUCACUAAAGUUUCGAACAGAAUCAUUGCGCAGGAGAAGCAUACCUGGGUAAUCCGAAAGAAAGAGUACACCCUGGCCGAGAAGAUAGCCACGAAUGGUUUCAGGACAGCGAUGAUUUUCGAGCCUUGGGGUGGCGCCUUCAGAGUUACACGAAAAGGGUCGGCAAAUUUCGGAUGGACGAAUUCUCAACCGUUGGACAAGGUAGAUGGAUACGAUCUGUUGACGGCAGAUGGAGAGAAGUUGUUGUUCAAUAUCCUAGAGGAGCACGACCCUGUUUUGACUAUCGUGGCGUUUGACUGCAGAAUUUGGUCAGUUAUGACGAACAUGUGCCCGACGAUCGACCGGGAGAACCUCCGAGAGACCACAGGAGUCCGAGUCUUGCGUCUGGUGAGAAGAGUCUGCAUUCAUCGCUUACAGCACGGUCGAUAUUUUCUUGCAGAACAACCGUGGUCAGCAGCAUCCUGGAAGUACAAGGGAGUGCUGGCGGAGGUGUUUUGGUCACCCGGGGCAUGGUUUGCUUCGGGUGCCCAGUGCGGGUUUGGCAAGAAGGAUGUAGACAGCGGAAAGCCGAUCCAGAAGCUCAGCGGCUACCUCACCAACAGUCAGCGCAUCUUGAACAAGUUGGCCAUGCCUUGCAAGUGCAAGGAGCCUCACGAGAUGGUGGAGGGCAACAACUCAGCAGGGAAGCGAGCAGCUCAGGCAGCGGCCUACCCACCGAGGAUGGCAGCGGUGAUGUGUGAAGGAAUACGUCAGCAGAUCGAGCUCGAUAGCGCCAUCGCCUUGGCCACAGGUGAUAUGGAGAAGAGCUACCCGGCAGGAGGCUGGAUCAAUAUGCAGAAAGAGAAGUCGGACAAGGUGAUGGAGAUCUUCAACAAUUUCGUGGAUUUCCUGACGCCGCUCACCCUGCCGUGGCCAUCAGUGGACGAGCGGGCGGCGCAGAUCGGAAAGCCCGAGGAGACGAAUGCGACAGUUAAGCUGCUGAUGAUCAGGCGCAACCCGCGUGCGCUGUUAGGUGCGGAUAUUCUAAUCAUGGUGCAUGGUGUGCAGACCGGCGAGGCGGAGGACGAGGAGAAAGAUAAGGAGACGACCCGGCAGCAGCGUUGGGAUCAGUUACCACGCGAGCUGAAGAUGGCGAUCAGACGACUUCACGAGAAUCUGGGUCACGCUUCGAAGGUGGAGAUGUUAAGGGCUUUGCGUAUUUCGAGGGCGUCGGAGGCAGCAAUCAAGACAUGUCGAUUAUUUCACUGUGAGCAUUGCGAACGAACAAGACGACCAGCACUGGCAAGACCGAGCAAGUUACCUACAGUGGACGAGUUCAACGUCGUGGUCGGGUUCGACACCUUUGCCGAGAAGGACGCAUCUCAAGCUGAAUGGCAGUUUCUCAAGAUCAUAUGCUUGGGUUGUUCAUUUCAAGUCGUUGCGUUGUUGGGAGAAGUUCACAAGAUGGCAAGUUCGAGUACCAUCCUGGAGUCCUACGAGUUGUGUUGGGCUUCAUGGGCUGGUGAGCCUGAGGUUGGAGUCAUCGUGGACAGGGCCAGGAGUUUUCUUGGCAGUUUCUCUGAGUGCAUCGCAAGUCGCGGCUGCCGUUUCGACUCGGCCGCCAAGGCAGCAGCAUGGCGCAUCGCCGAGGUCGAGCGCCAUGGAGACCUUUGGCAAGCCAUGUGGAGGAGAGUCGCGUGGGCCAAGCAGGUAGCGGGUCGCGAGGACGUCUUGAAGGCGGUGAUUGAGAUCAACCCGGCGAAGAACUCUUUGAGCAGAAGAUCGGGUUUCUCACCAGCGCAGUGUGUACUUGGUCGAGACAUGCGUUUACCAGCAGACUUGAUGGACGACGGCGAGGUGGAGCGCAUUGGAAAGUUGCACUACGGCAAGCAGCACGCGAGGCACAUGCGAGAGUGGCGAAUGAGGACGCCAUCAAGCGGGCAGAACUUCGACAAGUACGACCAGAGCGUGACGGAGUUCCUGUACAGCCAGAGCCAGCGGCAGCACAGCCACCUCCGGAGGCACCACCACCCGAGGUGCCACAGCCGAGUGAGAAGUAAGAAGUUCCAGCACCACAGCCAGAAGCAGCAGAGCAACAAUAAGUACCAGAAACACUUCGACAGGGCAGACCACCUGUACCUGAAGAGCCAGUUGUUCGACGCGGCGUUCAAUGUCUAUGACGACGGUGAUCACAUGCUGGAGGCAGCCUACAUGACCUACGAGGUGAAUCAGACCUUCUACGAGGAGCGCGGCAUCAGCAGGGAUGUGCUAGGCUUCGGAGUGGAGAGGAACGAGUUCGAGUACGCCUGCCAAGUCGGCCAGACUACCGCGAAGAAGGGCAGAAAGGAGCUGAGGUUGAAGGAGCUCAACGAGGAGCAGCGCAGGAUGUUCACAGGACCUGGAGGUUCUGACGAGAAGGAGUGGAAGUCGUGGCAGGACUUGGACGCUUGCGAGACCCUCGACGCGGCGGAGAGCGACAGGAUCUGGGAGACCAAGAGCGACCUCAUCAUCCCGGCCAAGUGGGUCAGGACGAACAAGAGCGAGGGGACCGUCGAGGGUGGAUUCGAGGCGAAGUCGAGGAUGGUGGUUCAGGGUUUCAAGGACAAGAGUCUUGGAGAGUACCGAAGGGACGCACCUACCGCUUCGAAGCUCGCGGAGGCGAUGGUUCUUCUGGUGAUUGCAAGUACCAACAUGAUCAUGAGUUGCGGCGAUGUCAAGAAUGCUUUCUUUUUUUCUGGGCGCGGUAUUGGACGUGAG